GGCGAGCGCGGGAGCAUGGACGCGGAGGCCGCCCGUGGAGCCGCAGCAGGCAUUUACCCCGUGGAUAUUUUGGAAGACGACCCUGCUAGGCAUCAGGAAGCGACUCUGGCUUACUAUACCAUGCUUGGGGAAGGAGCGGGGCCCUCACCAGAGGUCUUCUCUCUUCCCACUGGGGAGCAGGUUAAACUUGAAGCUUCGUCUGUUUGCUUUUGCACCAUGCACCGUGAUGAACCUCAACACAAAAUCUUGGUCUUGGUUAAUCCCCAGGACACAAAGACAGUUGUGGCUGUUUAUGUGAAGGAGUCCUGGUGGACCACUGAAGAUGUUCUAAGAACCUCUGAUCCUUCAAGAGAAGGUCUGAUGAAGGUUCAGUCAUUUGGGGAAAGGAUUGUGCUUUUCAUUCUGAACGUCGUUAUUUUUGGAAGACUAGAAAGGAAUUUGGAUGAUGAUGACAUGUUUUUUUUACCUCACUCCGUGAAGGAGGAGGCUAAAAUUCUGUGGCGAGAUGGAGCAGCUGUUGGAUUUUACACAACCAAAAGGAAAGGCAGCCUGUGCGGCGACGGCACGAGUUCCUGCUACCUCCUGCCGGUUUUCGACACCGUGUUUGUCCGGAGGCAGCACCGCCGGCGGGGCCUGGGGCUAGCCAUGCUGCGGGACUUCUGCCAGACGUUCCGAGAUGACGAGGCCUUGGGCAUCAGCUGGCCCAUCUCGCCCGCCAUGUACCAAGUCUGCAGGCAGUUCCUGGCGGCCCACCCAGCCGAGCGGGGGCGCCUGUGGGAGGUGGAGCCCCCCGGAGCCUGGGGCCAGCGAGGCAACAUCUGGCUGAAGGUUCAGCUUCAACAGUCAAGACAACCGGACUCUCACCCAGGACAUUCCAAGGAGGCCUUGGCUGCUCGUGGGCAGACUUCUCAGGAUGAUGGAACCAGGCUCUCCCAUCACGGAGGGGCCACAAGGUUUUAGGAGAGGAUCAGCAGAGAAGACAGAGAGCAGACGGAUGGAGACUGCGCAGUGAAGGCGGCAGCGGGGUGGCUUGGGCGAGCCUGCCGGGGGGGUUAGGAGAGGCGGAAGGCCAAGAGGACGGCGACGGAUGCUGACUGCCCGGGGGGCGGGCCUGCAGCCCCACCCCUGACCCCCGCAGGCCGAGCUGACCCCCGCAGGCCGAGCUGACCCCGGGGAGGCCGGCCCCGCCCUCGGGGUUGGAGCGCUGCUGUCCCUCCACGCUCCUGUCGCUGGGCGCUGGCCCCUGUCCCUGCUGUGCUGUCUUUUGAGGGACAAACGACCACACGGACCCCCCCACCCCAGGCUUGAUGUGUGGGCUCAGGUGACGGGAAGUCUGAGAAGCACUGAAGUUAAUCCCGAAACACUGUUUGGGGCAAGUGCUUGGGACAGCGGCCUCCCCUCUCUGCAUACCUGCCCAGCCCCGCUCCAGGCGGUUCCCAGGCGCAGUCGGGGUUCCCUCCCCUGGGCCCCAGGGAGGACAGGCGAGGCUCACCCUGGCCGUGCUGCUGGCGGUUCACAGGGUGAGGCGCAGUCCAGCAGCCCCACGAGGCCCCAGAGCCCGGCUCCUGAACUUGGGGUGGACUUUGCAUGCGUUGGCCUGGCCUCACCCAGGGUCAGUAGGAUUCUUCCCAGGGCAGGCUGGUCAGCCGUCUUGGGGUGGGUGAGCUGAGUGCUGCCCUGACUUCUGGGGCAUGUCCAUCUGACCGUAUCACCGGUGACCCCCAGUCCCUUGGCUUAACACUGUCUUUGCAGCGCCCAGGGCCCAUCACAGAAGCCCCCCAGCCGGCGUCCCCCUCUGUGCUCGCCCGCCCCGCCUUCUGUCUCCAGGGCCUCCCAUCUUCAGGCACAGAAGGGUCUCACUUAGGGUCUGCCGAGGGUCUGUGCCUCCCGUCUCUCACCACCCCCUCAUGCACACACACGUGCACACACACACACGCACACGCACACAUCGGUCAGGCAGAUAGUCAGGCUCCCUCCUGCACACGCACACACACGUGCGCACACACACACACGCACACAUCAGUCAGGCAGAUAGUCAGGCUCCCUCCUGCACACGCACACACACACACACACGUGCGCGCACACACACACAC